AUGUCUAAUGGCAGACAUUUUACGGUAGCGAGUAUAGCCAGUGGUGGAGCUUUCAUCCUAAUCUGUCAGCUUAUAUAUACCCACAUAUAUCUGCAGAAGAAAAUCCAGAAAAAAAUUCGGGGUUUCUCUCAUUACAGAACUGCUUUCACAGUGUUAUCAAAGCAUGAAAAGGCAAUGGAAUUUUUGGGACUACCGCUUGCUGUUGGUGAAGUUGAUUUAGUGGACAGGAAAAGAAAUUAUAUCGAUGAACGGAAGUCUGAGUUGCGAAUCCCGAUUUGUGGAGAACAUGAUGGUGGAAUAAUGGUAGUUCGAGCGGAACGUGAUGAAAAUGGUAAAAACUUUGAAACGGUCCAAAUUGAGCUUGAGCUUGAUGGAGCGGGUGAUAACAUUGUUAUUUACGAUAAUGGGAAGUGGUCUGGAAGUUUAGUCCAUUUAGACAGUUCGAAUGAUAUCUGUUCUAUUAUGCCUUCUAAUCAGUUUUGUUGCCAUUUUAGGAGUUGA